ACGCGCGUCAUGAAACGUCCCACGCCGCUGAACACGGUGACGCAGAAGACUGGCGAGAUUGUGAGGAGAGGGAGAAUGAGUAAACAAGAGGACGAGAUGCAGUGAAAGAUGCGGAUUACCUCACAUCUCACAUGUCUGACUGGAUGAUUCGCUCUAUUGUGGCGGGAACAAUAACGGCCGCGCGUGGAGGGUUUAAAAACCCUAGAGGCGCGCGGACGGAGCGCAAUCUUCGCGGGAGACAGUACUAACCGUCAGAGAGGACGCUCUCAUUGAUGGUGUUCACUCUGCUAGGCGGGGCCUCACUGUGUGGUGUGGCGGCCCUCGUGCUCCUCAUCAUCUCCACAUCAACAGACUAUUGGAUGCAGUAUCGCUACUCAGGGAACGCAGCCAAUCAGGGCCUCUGGAGGUUUUGCAUCAAUCGCAAGUGCCACGCCCACACGCUCUCAGUGGCAUUCUGGGAUGCCACGCGUGCCUUCAUGCUGCUGUCGGUGCUGGGCUGUUUCGCUGGAGUAGUUUUGGGCAUCAGUGCAACCAAACGAGUCCAGAGCAGACGAGUGCGGACCGGAGGAAUCGCUCUGCUUCUGUCUGGAUUUCUUGCGCUCUUGGCUCUGGCGAUCUACACCGGGAUGACCGUCAACUUCUUCGGCAAGCGCUACAUCGACUGGAGGUUCUCGUGGUCCUAUAUUCUGGGAUGGAUCGGCAUCAUUCUGGCUCUGGCAGCAGGCGUCGUGCAGCUCUAUGCUUAUCAGAGAGGUGCCUGUGAAGCUGCGCCUGCGAGUGUCUCUGACAGCUGAACCGUCUCAGCAUGAUCUGAUCAUCACAAAACACUGAGCGCUUCAAUCCUGAAUGAAAUAAACUGCUUUUGGACUCUU